AUGGCGGGCAAGCUCUCAAAUGAGACUGUUCUUGGGCAUUUGAGAAAUGGGCUCGCUGAGUUUGAGCUUGUCUCCUUUCCGGUUCCUUCAAUUUCUUGUUGUAAACCUCAGAGACCUCCGUCUAUGUUCCUGACUGACAACAGCCAUCGAUUCUUCGCCAGAAUCGGACCACCGCUAGGUGGAGUCUCGUCAGCAAUGAAGAAAGUAGAGCGUCAUGCAGUUCAGAAAGUAACUGGUGAUGGACGCUGCAUGUUUCGUGCUCUGGUAAAAGGGAUGUCUUUCAACAAGGGUAUAACACUUAACCCACAAGAAGAGAGAGAUGACGCAGAUGAACUAAGAAUGGCGGUCAGAGAGGUUAUAUGUGAUGGUGAUAAAGAACAUCUUCAAUAUGAAGAGGCAUUGGUUGCAAUUACUCUUGAGGAGUCUUUGAAACGUUACUGCCAACGCAUUGGACGAUCUGAUUUCUGGGGAGGAGAGUCAGAGCUACUGGUGCUGUCGAAGUUGUGUAGCCAGCCGAUUAUUGUAUACAUUCCAGAACAUGAGGUAGUGGUACAAACAUUUGUUUCAGGCAUGUACAAGAUCAGAACUGUUUGUUCAUACAUUCAAUUUCUUGUUCAAAGCUUGGUUGCCCGAGCAUUUACUAUUGUACUAACUGAUGGCCUCUUCUGGAUUAAUACCGUGGCUGUUCAUCUUCACGGUGGACGGGGAUCAGGUUUUAUUCCCAUUGCAGAGUAUGGAGCAGAGUUUCGUAAGGGUUCAGGGAAAGGAAAACCUAGGAAGGUUGUGAGACUCCUGUACAGUGGUAAGAACCAUUAUGAUCUUCUUGUCUGAAGGCUCCACACAUUAGACAAAAGCUGCAAGUGUGAUGAAAUUUUGUACCCAAAGGAGGAGGUCCUGAACAAAACAGUAAUUGAUUAUGAUGUAGCAGAACAUCUUCUUCUCCCUUUUUCUUUUUCCUUUUCCGUUGUAGGCUUGUCGAUAAAUCGGAUUUCAAUCUGAAUUCAUUCUACGAUACUUCAUGUAUUUGGAUUUGUAUUCAUUAAUAUCCGAUCCAAUUAUAAUUUUAUUCGAAG